AAGCCAAAUUAAAUUAGUAAAGAAAUUUGAUGAAUAUAUUUAUGGAACUUUUAAGCAUCAACAGUGGUGAUCUAGUUGUUUGUUCAAUAGUUUUUGGCUACGGCACACACCCCGGGUUCGAUUCCCAGCUGGUGCAGAGCUAUGAUGAGAAGCAAAAAGUGAUGGUUGCAGAGCUCUGUUAAUAUAAAAAAAAAAAAAAAAAAAAAAAAAAAAUCACUUCUGGGAAACACCCUCUCCUUCUCUUUUGCCGCUCGUUCUUCCACUCUUCAAAUCGCGCUUCAGCUGAUGAAGAAGAAGAAAAUGAUGAUUUCCGCGGCUUUUGCAAACUGCCAAAGCAUGAACCAGCUGAAGCAAAUCCACUGUCAAACCAUCAAAGCAGGCCUACUUCUACGCAACAACAUCAUUGCAUUGUGUUGUACAAUGCCAACAGGGGAUAUGUCUUAUGCAUGUCAAGUGUUCGACACAAUCCCCGAACCAAGUGUUUUCAUUUGGAACACAAUGAUCAAGGGUUUCUCCAGGAUACGUGGUGCCUACAAUGGUGUUUUGGCCUAUAUAAAUAUGUUGAGGAGGAAUGUUAAGCCUGAUACUUACACCUUUCCAUUUUUAUUCAAGGGGUUCUCUCCCAACCUUGCCUUGUGCAUCGGAAAAGAGUUGCAUUGUCAUGUGGUGAAAUUUGGGUUGGAAUCUAGCGUGAGUGUGCAAAAUGGCUUAAUACAUAUGUACUCUUUGUGUGGGUUAAUGGGUAUGGCUCGAGCCAUUUUUUAUAUGACUUAUCAGGAGGAUGUUUUUACUUGGAAUCUGAUGCUAUCUGGGUAUAACAAGAUGAAGCAAUAUGAUGAAACUAUAAGGCUUUUUGGUGAGAUGGAGAAGAAUGCGGUAAAACCAAGUUCGGUUACCUUAGUUCUGGUGCUAUCAGCUUGCUCCAAACUGAAGGACUUGUGUAUAGGCCAGAAGGUACACGAUUAUGUAAAGAAUUGUGGGGUUGAACCUAGUUUGAUAUUGGAAAAUGCUUUGAUCGAUACUUAUGCCGCUUGCGGAGAAAUGGAUCUUGCACUUGACAUUUUUCAGGGUAUGAAGACUAGGGAUGUAAUUUCUUGGACCACUAUUGUCACAGGUUGUGUUAAUGCCUGGAAGAUAGAUUUAGCUAGAAAUUAUUUUGAUCAAAUGCCUGAAAGAGAUAGUGUCUCUUGGACGGCCAUGAUUCAUGGCUACAUUCGAAUGAGUUGCUUCAAAGAGGCUUUGACACUAUUCCGUGAGAUGCAAGCUUCAAAUAUUGAACCAAAUGAGUUCAUUAUGGUUAGUGUUUUAACAGCUUGUGCCCAUCUGGGUGCACUAGAAAUAGGCGAAUGGGUAAGGGCCUAUAUCGAAAAGAAGAAGGUCAAGAAUGAUGUUUUUGUGGGGAAUGCUUUGAUUGACAUGUAUUUCAAAUGUGGAAGUAUUGAGAGAGCAUGGAGGACAUUUAAUCAAAUGUCUCACAAGGACAAAUUUACAUGGACAGCCAUGGUUGUUGGUCUUGCUAUCAAUGGGCAUGCUGAGGAAGCCAUUGACAUGUUCUUGCAAAUGCUAGAAGCUUCAAUAGAGCCAGAUGAGGUGACAUACGUUGGCGUUCUUUCUGCCUGCACGCAUGCUGGCCUGGUAGAUGAAGGAAGAAAGUUUUUUUCUACCAUGAUCUCCGAACACAAGAUUGAGCCGAAUGUAACACAUUAUGGGUGCAUGGUUGAUCUCCUUGGCCGAGCUGGGCAGCUAAAAGAAGCUCAUGAAAUUAUUAACAACAUGACAAUGCAACCUAAUACUAUUGUUUGGGGGACUCUUCUUGGAGCCUGUAGAGUUCAUAAGAGACCAGAGUUGGCUGAACUGGCUGCUCAGAAAAUUCUUGAGUUAGAUCCUGAUAAUGGGGCUGUCUAUGUUCUGCUGUGCAAUAUCUAUGGAGCUUGCAAUAAAUGGGAAAAUUUGCAUAAAAUAAGAAAAUUGAUGAUGGACAGAGGAGUGAAAAAGAUUCCAGGUUGCAGUUUGAUAGAGAUGAAUGGUGUUGUUCAUGAAUUCGUAGCUGGGGACCAGUCUCAUCCUGACUCUGAGGAAAUCUACACCAAGUUAGAAGAAAUGGCGAGGGACUUAAAACUUGCUGGCUACUCACCUGAUAUUUCAGAGGUGUUCAUUGAUUUAGAAGAAGAGGAUAAAGAAAGUAGACUUUAUCUUCACAGUGAGAAAAUUGAUGAUGGACAGAGGAGUGAAAAAGAUUCCAGGUUGCAGUUUGAUAGAGAUGAAUGGCGUUGUUCAUGAAUUCGUAGCUGGGGACCAGUCUCAUCCUGAAUCUGAGGAAAUCUACUCCAAGUUAGAAGAAAUGGCGAGGGACUUAAAACUUGCUGGUUACUCACCUGAUAUUUCAGAGGUGUUCAUUGAUUUAGAAGAAGAGGAUAAAGAAAGUAGACUUUAUCUUCACAGUGAGAAAAUUGAUGAUGGACAGAGGAGUGCAAAAGAUUCCAGGUUGCAGUUUGAUAGAGAUGAAUGGUGUUGUUCAUGAAUUCGUAGCUGGGGACCAGUCUCAUCCUGAAUCUGAGGAAAUCUACACCAAGUUAGAAGAAAUGGCGAGGGACUUAAAACUUGCUGACUACUCACCUGAUAUUUCAGAGGUGUUCAUUGAUUUAGAAGAAGAGGAUAAAGAAAGUAGACUUUAUCUUCACAGUGAGAAAAUUGAUGAUGGACAGAGGAGUGAAAAAGAUUCCAGGUUGCAGUUUGAUAGAGAUGAAUGGUGUUGUUCAUGAAUUCGUAGCUGGGGACCAGUCUCAUCCUGAAUCUGAGGAAAUCUACUCCAAGUUAGAAGAAAUGGCGAGGGACUUAAAACUUGCUGGCUACUCACCUGAUAUUUCAGAGGUGUUCAUUGAUUUAGAAGAAGAGGAUAAAGAAAGUAGACUUUAUCUUCACAGUGAGAAAAUUGAUGAUGGACAGAGGAGUGAAAAAGAUUCCAGGUUGCAGUUUGAUAGAGAUGAAUGGUGUUGUUCAUGAAUUCGUAGCUGGGGACCAGUCUCAUCCUGAAUCUGAGGAAAUCUACUCCAAGUUAGAAGAAAUGGCGAGGGACUUAAAACUUGCUGGCUACUCACCUGAUAUUUCAGAGGUGUUCAUUGAUUUAGAAGAAGAGGAUAAAGAAAGUAGACUUUAUCUUCACAGUGAGAAAAUUGAUGAUGGACAGAGGAGUGAAAAAGAUUCCAGGUUGCAGUUUGAUAGAGAUGAAUGGCGUUGUUCAUGAAUUCGUAGCUGGGGACCAGUCUCAUCCUGAAUCUGAGGAAAUCUACUCCAAGUUAGAAGAAAUGGCGAGGGACUUAAAACUUGCUGGUUACUCACCUGAUAUUUCAGAGGUGUUCAUUGAUUUAGAAGAAGAGGAUAAAGAAAGUAGACUUUAUCUUCACAGUGAGAAAAUUGAUGAUGGACAGAGGAGUGCAAAAGAUUCCAGGUUGCAGUUUGAUAGAGAUGAAUGGUGUUGUUCAUGAAUUCGUAGCUGGGGACCAGUCUCAUCCUGAAUCUGAGGAAAUCUACACCAAGUUAGAAGAAAUGGCGAGGGACUUAAAACUUGCUGACUACUCACCUGAUAUUUCAGAGGUGUUCAUUGAUUUAGAAGAAGAGGAUAAAGAAAGUAGACUUUAUCUUCACAGUGAGAAAAUUGAUGAUGGACAGAGGAGUGAAAAAGAUUCCAGGUUGCAGUUUGAUAGAGAUGAAUGGUGUUGUUCAUGAAUUCGUAGCUGGGGACCAGUCUCAUCCUGAAUCUGAGGAAAUCUACUCCAAGUUAGAAGAAAUGGCGAGGGACUUAAAACUUGCUGGCUACUCACCUGAUAUUUCAGAGGUGUUCAUUGAUUUAGAAGAAGAGGAUAAAGAAAGUAGACUUUAUCUUCACAGUGAGAAAAUUGAUGAUGGACAGAGGAGUGAAUAAGAUUCCAGGUUGCAGUUUGAUAGAGAUGAAUGGUGUUGUUCAUGAAUUCAUAGCUGGGGACCAGUCUCAUCCUGAAUCUGAGGAAAUCUACUCCAAGUUAGAAGAAAUGGCGAGGGACUUAAAACUUGCUGGCUACUCACCUGAUAUUUCAGAGGUGUUCAUUGAUUUAGAAGAAGAGGAUAAAGAAAGUAGACUUUAUCUUCACAGUGAGAAAAUUGAUGAUGGACAGAGGAGUGAAAAAGAUUCCAGGUUGCAGUUUGAUAGAGAUGAAUGGUGUUGUUCAUGAAUUCGUAGCUGGGGACCAGUCUCAUCCUGAAUCUGAGGAAAUCUACUCCAAGUUAGAAGAAAUGGCGAGGGACUUAAAACUUGCUGGCUACUCACCUGAUAUUUCAGAGGUGUUCAUUGAUUUAGAAGAAGAGGAUAAAGAAAGUAGACUUUAUCUUCACAGUGAGAAAAUUGAUGAUGGACAGAGGAGUGAAAAAGAUUCCAGGUUGCAGUUUGAUAGAGAUGAAUGGUGUUGUUCAUGAAUUCGUAGCUGGGGACCAGUCUCAUCCUGAAUCUGAGGAAAUCUACUCCAAGUUAGAAGAAAUGGCGAGGGACUUAAAACUUGCUGGCUACUCACCUGAUAUUUCAGAGGUGUUCAUUGAUUUAGAAGAAGAGGAUAAAGAAAGUAGACUUUAUCUUCACAGUGAGAAAAUUGAUGAUGGACAGAGGAGUGAAAAAGAUUCCAGGUUGCAGUUUGAUAGAGAUGAAUGGUGUUGUUCAUGAAUUCGUAGCUGGGGACCAGUCUCAUCCUGAAUCUGAGGAAAUCUACUCCAAGUUAGAAGAAAUGGCGAGGGACUUAAAACUUGCUGGCUACUCACCUGAUAUUUCAGAGGUGUUCAUUGAUUUAGAAGAAGAGGAUAAAGAAAGUAGACUUUAUCUUCACAGUGAGAAAA